CGACGCUGAACACAAGAUGUUGCCCAAGUCUCAGUUUCAGUUACCGUUCGAAGCUCAACAGCGCAGGCAGUGCCGAACACUCUAGACCCAGACUCAGACAAUAGACAUGGCCAUGAAGCAGCAAUUGAUGAUCAUUUUGGUCGUGUACGCUUGGAGCGUCGCCAGCGAUGUGUCUCACCUGGUCAACCAGCAGCACCAGGAGAAACACAGCCCCGCCAAUCCCUAUGUCUUCAGCUAUCAGGCUGGACGUGCGCCCGGCCAUGUGGAUCGCCAGCACACGGAGGUGUCCGAUGGUUCGGGUGUCAUUCGCGGCGCCUUCUCCUACGUGGAUCCCAAGAACCAAGUGCGCACCGUGCAGUAUGUGGCCGAUGAGAACGGCUUCCAUCCGCAGCUGAGCCACCAGCUGGAGGACAGCGCCGCCGUCAAGGCAGCCAAGCGCAGACAUUUCGAGGCAUACAACCGCAUUGCGCAAGAGCAUGCAAGCCACACGCCCGGCCAAGCGUCGCUAGCUGCAGCUCCUCACGCCAGCGCCGCUGUGGCGCAUGCAACGCAGAAGCAUCUGAGCGCCUUCGAGCGCAUCGCAGCGGAGCAUGCGGCCAUUGGGGCACAGCAGGAGGCACAGCGUCUGGCUCUGGCUGCCCAGUCCGAGCAUGGUGAGGUUGAGGAUGGACAGUAUCAUCCUUGAGCCACAAAUUGCAUUAAAAAUAAAUAAAUUAUGA